CCUUCGCAAGUGCAGUCCCACAGUGUGAGAGAUUGCUGCUACUGCCUCUUCCUCUACCCAUCUGUCCUGACCAUUAUUCCCUCUUCCACAAUCAUCGGUUCAAAGUAGUGCCCGCUACUUGCUCUGUCAUUUCUUCGCCACCUGGAACUUUUGAGACGCACACUUUUGCCUGAUCAAAUCAGCUCGCGCCGAGUGAGAAAUCAAGCCCUGCCCCACUAACUUGCACGGCGUCAAGAUGCCCUCAGCAGCCAGACCUACGCGCAAGGGCGCCAAGGUGACGACCACCGAGCCGACCUCUUCCACUCUGAAAGGCAAGGGCAAGGGCAAAACAUCUUCCACAGACGCCAGCAGCUCUUCUUCCUCUCCCGCUACAAUCCAACGCAAGGCUACGACUGCAAAAAAAGAUAAAAACUUGGACGCCGAAGCGAAACCUAAAGCUAGACUUGCAAAACCUAGCGAAGCUGCGCGCAAAGCGAAAGAGGUGUCGAAGGAUGUUGGAACGAAUGGAUGGAGCGAGGGCCAGAGUCGAAAGAUGAUCAAAGGGACGACAGAGACGAGUGGAGGCAAGAAGCGCACCAGAUCGGAUGGGCAAGAAUCAUCUACCAGACCAAAGAAACAAUCACAGUCCCUCAAGAGCAAGAGCAAAUCGCCCCUCGUAGCUUCUGAACUGGUCAUCUCUGACGAAGAAGACGCCGAGGACUCGGAGGUAGAUGCGGGAGGUGACGAGACCAUCUUGAGAGGUUUAUCAGUGAGCGCUAGCGAGUCUGGAUUGGAGAGCGACUCGGACGAUUCAGAGGAGGAAGAGGAGGAGGAGGUGUUGGACAAAUCGCUGGCUGUGGGCGAGCUGGUCAGGUUGCCUAGCAGCAAACAAGAUGCAGACGUCAAAGCGAGAUUGGAUGCGGUAGCGCGCAAAAAGAACCUCAAAGGAAGCUCCAUCGCAUCCAUCCCUUCCGUGCUCUACUUUGGUCGACUUCCCAAACACUUCAUCGAACCAGCAUUGAGAUCUUACUUGGAACAAUUUGGAAAAGUGAACAGGUUGAGAUUGUCGAGGAAUAAGAGGACGGGCGCUUCAAAGCAUUAUGCGUUUGUAGAGUUUGAGGAUGGCGAAGUGGCAAAGAUUGUUCAGGAGACGAUGGAUAACUAUCUGAUCGAGGGAAGGUUGUUGCAAGUUAGACAGGUGCCUGCUGCUAGGGUUCAUCCUUCCAUGUGGAUCGGGGCAAAUCGCACUUUUAGAAAGAUCCCAAGAGAUAGGUUGGCCAGGGUGCAGCACGACAAGCCUCGAAAUGCGGAGCAGCGAGCAGAGGUCGAGAGGAAGCUGCUCGAUAGGCAAGAGAAGAAAAAGGCAGCUUUGAAAGCCGAGGGGAUCGACUAUGAAUUCGUGGGCUACGCGUAAGAAAACCCCUCCCCACCCCCCAAACUGUUCUCGGUGUUGGAUAGAUGUACAUUCAAUUCUCAAUCGACGACUCCUUUCAAAUUGUGCACAGUCGUCCUGCUCAGAAUGCCCGUCUGCUGGGGUCACGCCAUGCGCUGCGCGUGCACUUGGUAUCAUAUGGCAUGUAUUCGCAAAUACAAGCAGUCUUGGUAUGAGGGCUGAUUGGGUUA